UGCGCUUCCUUAUUUACUAGAGCAGGUCUGUUGCUUUGCUAUCGCAUAGGUGAAUAUUUGCCUGUGUGUUGUACAAAGUAGAUGCAAAAACAAUUGCAAGAGGCACACUGUGGAAUUAAUUUCUACAACUAUGGUUUUUCAUUUUGCGUGGCGGUUUCGUAGCACAUAACCAACAAAAGAAACAGAACACGGAUUUGUUCAUUCUUGCCCGAUUAUUUCUCUUUGCUGGGAAGCAAGAAAAAAAUCAAGAAAAUAUACUACAAAAGCUGGAACUCAAGCGUACAAGUGUGUGCGAGAGAGAAAGGGGUUAAAAAGGACAUUUGGAGAGUUUCACUAUGGAAGAAAAUGAUCACAGCAACAGAGAAGUGGAGCGUCAAGAUUCGGGCGACGAGUCUAAUCGGGCUAUUCUACCCUUGCUGCAGGCUCCUGGAAACAUACUCCCUCACAGAAUAACUAACUUUUACAUCGACAACAUUUUAAGGCCAGACUUUGGUCGAAGGAAAGAAGGAACAAGGCGUAAUGAAAUUAACAUAGUUGAAAGAGAGAAUCGCUGCCCAUCGGCUCCCGGAUCAGGGCAGGUGGGAGCUCCAGUGUCAGGGGAAGGAACCUCGAGCCCUCAGACAGUAAGCGCCUCCAAAAAAACUGAUAUAACCGCGGACGCACCUCUGAAAACCCGUGCAGAGACCGGAGAUCAGUGCUCAAGCUCAGAUUCGGACAGCUCGCAAAGUAACACUGGGCAGGCAAAACAGCCGAUUCUGUGGCCAGCCUGGGUUUAUUGCACAAGAUAUUCCGACAGGCCAUCAUCAGGACCAAGAUCCCGCAAACCAAAGAAGAAAAGUCCAAGCAAAGAAGACAAGCGUCCAAGAACAGCUUUUACAGCGGAGCAACUUCAGAGACUCAAGACUGAAUUCCAGAAUAAUCGUUACCUGACAGAGCAAAGGAGGCAAGCUUUGGCCCAGGAACUCGGCCUUAACGAGUCUCAAAUCAAAAUCUGGUUUCAGAACAAGAGAGCGAAGAUCAAAAAAGCUUCGGGAAAUAAAAACACGCUUGCAUUACACCUGAUGGCACAGGGACUAUACAAUCACGCCACAACCUCAAAGGACGACAAAUCAGACAGUGAUUAACGAGAGAAAGAGGACAUCUAAAAUGCAAUAAUUUUAAAAAAAGGGCCAGUGUACAAAAUACCAGCAUUGAACGGAUGAAAAAACUUUAUGUAUGAGAUAUGAUUCUGCAAUAUUAUAUGUAUAUAUACUUUAUGUGUGCGGUGGUGUAAAACUUUUUCAGUUAGUAUCACUGCUGUGCACUGAAACUUCAGACAGAGCGUGAGGAAAGGGACGCUUCUCGCUUUAAGAAGCUCUUUGAUUGACACUUGACGUUGAGCCACAUGUGACCAGUUUAAUCCUCGCUGAAGUCCAAAGAUUUUUCUGCUGCAUUCAGGCAACUGUGAUUUAAAUAAUAAAUGGUCAAAUGUUUUAUCUUAUUUUUACGUUUGUUUGAUUGUUUUCAAGCAUUAUUUUAUUACUCCGAGUCCGGAUGAAUGUUUUACUUUUACUUGAAUUGUGUUACAGAAAAUUCAGUAGACUGCAGUAUAUUGUAUUUAAAAUGGUCUAUGAUGGAUGACGAUUAUUCGUCUUAACAUUUUCAGGAAACAGAUGAGACAUUUUGAAUGCACGUGGCAGUAAUCCUCCGAAUUACAGAUCUAGACUUAAUGCAAACACUCCACUUUAUUUGUUGUCGGUUGAACUUCGAUGGGAAUGUACAAUAAAUGUUUCCUCCUCAUUUUUCAAGUGGACAUCUGGCAAAGUUUUUACAAAGAGAUUUUGCUGUUUGACUUCGAAUGCUUGACUUUUUUUCGGUUACCCAAUUUUAAAAUAACUUCAAAAUGGAAUUGUAUUUCUUAUUUAACUGAAAAGCUCUUAUUCAGAAAGUACCACGUGUACAAAAGUUUAUAUUUCAACUUAGUAUUUUGCACCAGUAGAUAUUAAGAAAAGUUCCCCAGUAGCAGUGUUGUUCGUUUUUUUUUCUUUAUUUAAAACUUUGACAUUUACAUAUUGUGACAACAAAGUAGCCUCAUCACCACCAGCUCCAAUAAACACUACAAAAACAUUUGUAUAUAGAUGUUUAUGUUUGUGAAAGUCCUAAACAAACGGAUUAAAAAAUAUAUAAUAAUUUAAA